AUGGCUCAACUAAUGGAGGUAAAUGGAGCAGAUGAAUAUGAAGAUGAAUUGGAUGAUGAAAACCUGAUGCGCUUAUCCGAGGAGGAUCUGGAUGACGAGAGCAUAGACAACCAAUUCUUAGGCUCAGAUGAGGAAGGUCUCGAAGAGAUACUUGCUUUCGCAAGACAACAGAAGAACAUCUCUGAAUUGGAGUUUCCUCCUACUCAAACGAUAAAAAAGAAGGGAAGAGGAAAGAAACAGAAACCAGAGCUUCAGACAGAUCUAGAUCUUGAAAUAAGAGAGUCACUAAUGGAACAGUUUCAGUAUCAAAAGCUGUCACGAAGAGACAAGAAGCUUCGCAAGAAGGAAAAAAGGCAGCAACAAGCUUUGGUCGACAAUGACUUAAGUGUGAAAUAUGACUAUUCAUUGCACAUAAAAGAGAUUAAACAAGAGUUUGAAACCUUUUUGCAUGACGUGUCCCGUGAUACGAUGAGCUUCCCCCCUCUUGAUCCCCAUGGGAAUAAGACGAUCAAUAAGCUUUCAUCGUGUUACAAUAUGCGUUGCACAAGAUGUGGCGGAAACGGUCUUCAGAUGUAUAUGAAAGUGGCAAAAACUCGGAAAACAUUCCAUUAUUUACCAGAUUACAAUCAAAUUGCGUAUAUAAUGCGACAAAGGCCGGUAUUCAAGCGUUCUGAUGUUAAAUCGAGAACAAAGGAAGAAAUUGCAGAGACGGACGGAAAGAAAUCUCGUCGUGGACCAAUUAAUGAAGCGUAUGUGAAAGAAGGUGAUCUUGUUGGUGCUAAGGCUCCGGAAAUCGGAACGAACAAUAUUGGUCGUAAAUUACUAGAGAAAUUGGGCUGGGUCAAAGGUGAAGGGUUGGGUGCCCACGGAAACAAGGGUAUCAGUGAACCCUUGAUGGCGACAGUUAAAAAAUCCAAGACUGGUUUGAGAUAG